UUUACAUGACGUCACGCACCUAAGACGCCAUUUGCACCGAAGACAAGGGAAACCGCUGAGGCUGUUAUGGUCGAAUUGUUGGUCGUUCGAGUCGAUUUUUAGAAAACAUAUUUUGAAAAUGUCAUUUCCACCUCGUCCUCCUAUGGGAAUGCCACAGAUGAUGCCAGGAGCUUAUUAUACUCCUAUGGGCAUGGUUCCAAUGGGGAUGAGAAUGAUGGCUCCACCCCAGAUGAUAAGACCAGUUGUCAAUUCACAGAAACAAGGAAAGAAAUUAGUACCCCAAGAAAUCCCAAAGAAUGAAAAAGAUGACAAACCACCAGUUACUACUGUAUUUGUUGGUAAUAUCAGUGAUAAAGCUCCUGAUGUUAUGAUCAAACAAAUGUUACAGAGAUGUGGUAAUGUUUUAAGUUGGAAAAGAGUACAAGGAGCUUCUGGCAAAUUACAAGCUUUUGGAUUUUGUGAAUAUGAAGAUCCAGAAGCAACAUUGAGAUGUAUAAGACUGUUAAAUGAAUGGUAUAUACCUGAUAAAAAACUUGUGGUUAAAGUAGAUGCAAAAACAAAAACUCUGCUCGAUGACUAUCGAUCUAAAAAAAAGGCAGCAGAAACAACAGCUGAAGAAAAGAAAGAAAAAGAGAAGAAAGAAGAAGAGAACGGAGAUAAAGAAAAUGGAGAAAUAAGAGAUGAUGAAUCAAGUGCUGAUGAAUUAGAUGAAUUUACUAAACGUGAAGAUAGAGUAGCUACAGCUGGAUUAGAAGCUAUUAUGAUGGAAUAUGCUGAUGAGAUGAAUAAAGCCAUGGCAUCUCAGGAACAAGAGAAAAAACCUGCUAAAAUACAGAUGAUAAAAGAAGGAAAAGAUGUAAAAGAUGUUGGUCUUGAUGGUUUGGAAGUAGAAGAAGAAACCAAAUUCAUUAUCAACCGAGAAAUUCGAUCAUUCCGUGAUUUACAUAAGGACGAAGAGGUUGAUGAAGAAAAGGAAAAGCGUGAGGCUGAACGACGGAAUGAGGAGAUGCGGCGACGUAGAGACCGGGAACGAGAAAAAUUGCGGGAGAGGGAACGAGAAAAGGAAAAGAGCAGAAGGGAAGAAAGAGUUGAAAAGCGAAGAGGAGAUGAUCGUCGUUCUAGAGAAAGAGAAAGAACACGUAGUCGUACAAGAUCACCUGGUAGAAACCGAUCACCACCUAGGAAUCGUAAUUACAACAGACGCGAUAGAAGAGAAAGAGAGGUAGAACGUGAAAGAGAAAGAACACACACACCAGACAGAUCUAGAAGGAAAGAACAAGAACUGGAAGAUGAAGAAGAAGCCAAAGAAAGACGUAAAUUGGAAAAGAAAUUACGUGAAAAAGAAGCAGCAUAUAAAGAGAGGUUAACAAACUGGGAAGCUAGAGAAAGAAAGAAAUCGAGAGAAAAUGAAAAGGAAAAAGAAAGAGAUGAAGAAAGAAAAAUGGAAGAAGCAAGAGAGGGAAGGAGAUUAAAAGAAUUUUUAGAAGAUUAUGAUGAUCUCAGGGAUGAUCCCAAAUUUUUCAAGGGCAGUGCUUUAGCUCGAAGAAUGAAAGAGAGGGAGAAAGAGAAAGAAGCUGAUGCAAGAGAUAGACAGAGAGAAAAAGAAGAAUUUGAGGAAAUAAAAAGGCGUUUAAUGAGUGAAGGGCAUCCUGAUCCUGAAGCUGAAUUAGCAAGGAUUGAGAGAGAAAGAGAAGAACAUUUAAAACCUAGAUUACAAAUCCAAGAAGUUAUUAUAUCACCUGAACAUCCGGUUACUGUAGAAAAAAUAGACUCAUCUGAUUCCUCAGAUAAACCUGUUAAUAAUAAUAAUAAGAUGCAAAGUACAUUAAAACCUAUAGAUUCAGCACCUAUGGUAUCUAAUACAGUUAGUCCAUUAACAGAUGACGAUGAUGAUGACGACGAUGAUAAUACCAUGUUUAGUUUAAAUAAUGAGGAUGUAUCAGAAGAUAGUCAACAACCUGUCUAUGGUCCAAAUCCAAAGGCUGAGUCAUCUAAAUUAAGUUUUAGUUCUAUUAAAUUAGGUACAAACAGUAAUAGUCCAGCAGAAGCUCCAGCACCAACCACUAAAAGAAAGAAAUUAACAGUAGGAGAUGUAUUUAAUCAAGAUGAUGACAGUUCUGAAUCCAAAAAACGUAAAUUAAUACCUCUUGAUUAUGAUGAAGAAAAGAAACCCAAUUCAGCAGAAGAGAAGAGAAAUAAAAUCAAGAUAUUAAUAGACAGUAUACCAACAGCUAAAGAGGAAUUAUUUGCUUUCACAUUAGAUUGGUCAAUCGUUGAUCAGGCAUUAAUGGAUAAGCGAAUAAAGCCAUGGAUAAAUAAAAAGAUUGUAGAAUAUAUAGGAGAAGAAGAAGCAACAUUAACUGAAUUUAUUUGUCAGAAAGUUAUAGCUCGUAGUACACCAGCUAGUAUACAAAAUGAUGUCGCUAUGGUGCUAGAUGAAGAAGCUGAAGUAUUUGUUGUUAAGAUGUGGAGGUUAUUAGUGUAUGAAACAGAAGCUAAAAAACUUGGUCUAGUCAAAUAACAGGACAAUAUUCAACUAGAUAAAACAUUCAACUGAGUAAUUUUGGAUAUAUAUUAUGUGUGUGUGUGAAGAACUUGAUGAGGGCAAUGUAAAUAAGUGCUUUGUAAAUAGAUAUUUUCCAAAUUGUACAAUUUGUAAAAACAAAAAAUAAUUUGUAUAUAGUAGCUGUAUGAAGUGAAAGAUUAAUUGUGGACCAAUUUGAGAAAAGGUAGAUUUAAUCUACCAGUUGAAGAAUAAAGACCAGUAAUAAUGAACUAUGAAUUAUUGAUGAGGAAUACAGAGUUAAUAUUUUAGGUGUGAAAUAAUGACAAAUGAGUCCUUUUGACUUAAGGAAAUAACUUUUCAAAUAUAAUUCAGUUUUUAGGAAGUGAAAUGUAUAUAAAGAUCAUGUGAUUCAUCAUUUAUCUGUCUCGGGGAAUUUAUUAAUUUGAGUGAAGUUCUGGGGACUGUAAUGUAUUUCUACUCAAAAUAAGAAUUACUUAAAUUCUUAACUCAUUGUGUGUUUAAACUGCAGUGACUUCAUCACUUAUUGUUUUGGCUGUUCUGGCAUAUUGUCAGAAUGAUACAUGUAAUAUUAAUACCAUUCUAUUUGCUUACUUUAUCUUGAUGUUACUUUAUGUUGCUGAUCAACAUUUCAGUGAUUUUGAAUUCCUUGCAAACUACAAGAUUGUGAAAGUUAAGUAGCUAAGUCUCUUAACGCAAUAUCAUCCAAAGUCUUUGACAUUGAAAACACAAAUUAUUUGUCAAUUUAAAUCAACAUUGAUGUUAUGGUCUUACCGAAAGAGAUGGGCUUCUGAUGUCCAAUAUUUAAGACAAAACAAACAUUUUACCAUUGGUACACGAAUCGUGUACCAUAAUGCCUUUCCACGACAUUUGUAACAAAAGAACGAGGCUAGGCAUAUUCCAUAAAUCAUGUCAAAUGGUGAAGCCAUAUUCUUAUCUGGAGAGCAUGCACAAUAAAUACCAUUAGUGUAGACUGGAAUAACCAGACCCUAGAGAUUGUCAUUCGAUUGAGACUUCUGGCAUAUUUUGCCGAACAUAACUGAUUAGAAAUUAGAGUAAAAAUGAAACGAUUGAAUGUAAAUCAGGUUAUGUACAUUCACAUUACAUUAUUAUAUGCGUUGUGAACCAUAUGUGUCAAUUUCUUGGUCCCAAAUAAUAGCGAUUUAGCUCCUUUAAAUCUCUUGAACAAUAAGUGGUUCAAUUCCGUUUCAUGUUCACAAAGAUGUGAUGGAUUUAAAAUAUCUCAGCAUGCUCUGCAGUGCCACUUAUAAAUUCUGGGUAAAAUAUUUUAAAUCUUAUCGAAUCAAAACCAGAUUAUCUAUUGUUGAUAUUUUGGUUUUGUUGUCUUAAAUUAAAAUUUUUAAUAAAUUUGCUUUUUAUGGUCCUUUUGUAUUAUAACUUAAGAUGAUUCUGACUGGAUAAUGGCUUUUGGGAGUUUUCAUAUAAUCAUUGGAAAAACAUUUGUAUUAUUGGUUGAUGUUAAUUUAUUUUUUAUACAAAUUCAACUUCGUGAUUGUUAAUUGUGCUUCAUGUGGUUUAUAAAAAAAAAUAUACCAUAUUUAAGCUUGUUUUAAUGAAUUGUGUUCUAGGGUGUAGGACUAGGAGUACAUAAUACUCUAUUGGCUUUAUAUACAUGUAUAACAUUGUUCAAAGAUUCAGACAAGGAGAGUCCAUUGAAAUUCAUGUAUCUACCAGUAUGAAAUUUAUAACAAGAGUUGUUGACUGUUAAUAUUAUUUUUGAGUGAUUAUCACUAUUGAUACUGUACUAAAAAUAGUAAUCUUUCUGAAGAAUGUAAAUGUGGAGAGAUUUAAAGAAAUCAAUUGUUAAACCAGCAGUACCUUAUUUCAAUGAUAUUGCAUUUCAACUGAUGAAGUGUUCAAUUACCUUUUAUAAUAUUAUUCAUGUGUUCCUCUAAUAAAAACAUCUUUCAAAUUAC